UUAAAAGAAUGUUGGGUAGUUUAAUCUAAUCAGUACAUUAUAUUCUGCAAGAUGAUCAUAUAUUCCGUAUUUAAAAUCUUUACAAUUCGAUUAAAUAACUACUAUAAAUAAGACAAUAAAUUAAAGUACUUAUCACUUCCCAUCACUGCUGCUGUUGCAUGCAGCUCAUUGUCAGCAUGUAGUUGGAUUUCAAGACUGGGAUGAACUAUCAUAAAAUGAUAACAAAGUGGUAUUAUUACUGCUACUGCUACUACUACCAAUAAUAAUUAAAAAUAAUGAUAUUAAUAUCUAAUGAGAAUAACCGGAAGUUGAGCAACGCUCCUUCAAAAUACGACACGAAGGUUGGUAAGAAGUUACAUUUAGCCUUCAUCUUAACCCAGCAGGCUAUGGAUAUCUCAGUUUUGCAGUUCUGAGUCAAAUAAGGUUUAAUAUUGGCGGAUGCUUUUAUUAAUCUACGUAUUUAAAGAUGACAUCCAGUCAAAAAUGUGCCACAGUGUGUCAAUACAUGCUUUAUUUUGAAAGGUUUGACCAGAAGAGCACUCAAGCAAGUCUGAUUCUUCACACAUAUAUUUCUGAAAGAAACGAUUGAGCAAUAGUAGUUUAAGUGCUGCCGUCUGAAAAUACAUAAUCUAUGCACGUAAAUUGUUAUUUUACAUCUGAUCAAGAUCGACAACUGCAUAAACCCCCGAACUUUGCAGUAGGCAUCGUCUGGAUAAGACAGUACUUCCUGGUUAAGAAGUGUGGAGACAAUUGAACCACAGUUGGUUUGGUGAAUUCCGGGUUAACUUUUGCUGUGAAUUACUUAAAUUGUUUGGCAAAAUGAUACGAACGGAUUACUUCAACAUGAUCUCACAAGUUUUCAAAGACGUUGUUCCUGUCAUCACCAGCGGGAUUAUCACAGUGGUCCUUUUAUCGUGUGUUUUGUUUGGUAUCCAAACGUACUUCAGCUUAACUCAGGGGAUCUUCAGCGUUGGCGCCGCUGUUUUUCAAAACGGAGACAUCCACCGGCUUCUCAUGCACCCUUUCUAUCACAAAACUUUUGCUCAGCUUCUCCUGAACAUCGUAGCCCUGGUGGUUCUGGGUGGCAGCUUGGAGAAAGGUGUUGGCACGGUCCGUUUCCUGUUCCUGUUCCUGCUGCUGUCCACCACCACCGGCUUGUUUUUCAGCUUCCUGGAGCUUCUGCAGGAUGACAGCAGCCGGGCUCCCACCGAAGGCUUGGUCCCUGUGGCCCUGGCCUGUGUGGCUCUGACUACCAUGCACACAAAGAUGACUAAAGGAUUCCUGUGCGGAGUCAGUUUCCCCACCAUGGCGCUCCCUUGGGUGUUUCUCGUGACCACCACUGCCCUCGUUCCGCACUGUGUGCUUCUCUGUAAUGUCAUUGCAAUCCUGACUGGGUGGAUGUAUGGGAAAGUAUGGCUCUCUUUUCUGAGCAUGUCUGAGGCCAGGGCUGGCGUUCUGGAGAAGAUGAUGCCUUUCAGGUUGUUGAAGAACAUCAGCGGUGUUACGUUUGUCCCUUCGUCCACAGAGGAGAGGAGGAAGACCCUGCUUCCACGAAUCAACCCAACACCUGGGUCUUACCCGGUCCAGGCUUAUGCUCCAUUAUCCAGCAUCAACAUUGCUGAUACGGGAGCCAUGGUAUAUGAAGGCUGGCCCAAUUCAACCAGUGCUCUCUCUGGUCCCACACCACCUGUUCAUCUUCAUGGACAUGGGUCAACACAUAGCUCUGGGCUAAGUCACGGUCAUAGCUGCAACCACAGCCACAACCAUCAUGCUCAUAGUCAUGUUCAGCUCUAGUUCAUACAAAGUUCAUUUACUUGAUUGCUUUACAAGACUCCAAAUAUGCAGAUAAGUCAUUUUCUAUUAAAACUGCUUUAUUUGCCUCUCCUGAACCAUAAUAGGUGAUGGUUAACCUACACCAUCUCUUGUCCUUGAGUUGUGUGGAUUACAAUGUCAAAUAUUUGGGAGAGAAACGAACUGUCAACUGACAAUGUGCUUUAAGCUACCGUUCGUGGAGUCUCUGCCUUCUUGAAUGAUCUAAUUACAUUUCUCUGAAUGUUUAAAUGUUUUGGCCGACUUUUCUACAUAAGUUUAAAUGUUACAUAGUGUCUUUUGUAAUAUUUGUUAUUUCUACAAAAUAAAUAUGUAUAUAAAGUAUAAAAA